CAGUGGAUUAUGGUUUCUGAUAAAGCAGCUCGUCAUUCCAACAUGGUCACCUGCAGCUCCAAAAACAAACAUGGCGUCAGUGUUGAUGAAUUAUUCUUCAUAAAGCGAGAUGUCAUGUCACUGUGGGAACAUCGUCCCAGUUUAUUACAUUCUGCUCAUCGUUCUUUAAGACUGAUAAUCCACAGAGACGUAACAGCCGGUUCCUUCUGUUGACAAGCUGACGCAGCAUGUUUCUGUGUGUUGUUGUACAAUGAUUAGCAUGUUAGCAUUAGCAUGAUCAACUCAUCUUUUUCUUUAAAACACUUGGAAGUCUCUUCACACUGAAUAUCUUCAUUUAAUGAAUUAAUUGGUAUGAAUGAAUUGUACAUUGAUUGUUUAUCAAUCAUCUAUCUUUUUUUAUCUUUUCAGCUAUUUAAAGUAAUUUACACAAACUUCACUCUUUAGUUUCAUUACAGUCAAUAAUCAAAAAGAUAAAACUUUACUUGAAAAACAGUUUCAACAGAGCCAGGCUUUGCUCUGUCGCUAAUACUGAUGCUAAGCUAAGCAAAAACCUGUUUAUCCUCAGUGUAACUCUGUGAAUAAACCUUUUUCCUUAAAUACCAAACUGUUGUUCUAAAUACACUUAUAUAAAUGUAAUGAUGUGGACGUCCUGAACCUCAGGAUGAGUCGAGCUGUGUUUGUCUGACAGGAUGAUUGAUGGGCUGCUGUUUGGACCCGUGCUGAGCUGGACCUGAGAGAGGUGAACUUCUGCAGAACCUCAGCAUGAUCAUGGCGGCGGUGGGGUCAGAGGUCACGGGUUCGUGGUUCCUGUCCUUGGAGGUCGUUGGUUUCUUCAUCCUCCUCCUCCUGCUCUCCAUCUUCCUCACAGCUCUCUGCAGCGACUGUGGGAGGCGUUCGUUCGAGCUGCGAGAUCCUGAAGUGGACAGAAAUCCCUCCAGUCUCAUCCGGGUGGUGAAGCUGGAGGAGGCUCUGGGGGCAAGAGAGAAUCCGAUGAUCAACGAGAUCCAGAACGACGAGAAAGGAGACGCGGCGUCGUUUACUCCCUGGAGGAGCCACCUGGGGGCGCCACAGAACCACCAGGUGACUCAGACCAAUGGCAGCACAGCGGUGAUAAAGACGACGAGCGGAUCUGAGACUUCUGGAGAUGAAACCCCGGUCUCGUUCACUCCGUGGAGGAGCCACCUGGGGGCGCCACAGAGUCGAGAUCUGAACGGCUCCGCCCCUCAGGACCACAUCUACAGCGUCAUCGGAGGAGGGCGGGGCAGCAGCGCUGGUGACGCUGACGCAUCAUCACCAACAACCAAUCAAGAGCCGGGGGAGGAGUCCAGCGCUCGCUCUGGAGUGGCGCUCGAUUUGAACGACAGGAAUUCAAUGUACGCACGAGUCAGCAAGAAGGAGAGACAAGCCACGCCCCCUGUUCAUACACCUGAGGAGGUGCAGGUGGAGCAGGAGGAGGAGGAGGAGGAGGAGUCUCCUCCGCUGCCUGACAGGAGGACACAGCUGGAGGGAUGACGAUGAUGAUGAUGAUGAAGAUGAUUAAGGACAUGAGAUGAAACAAAGAACGAGAGAAGAAGAAAAAAGAAAACAUUUUUCACAUUGAACUCUGAACACGUCACAUGACACGUCACAUGACACACGUCACAUGACACACGUCACAUGACACAC